AUGGCGCGCCGUGGACCGUCGAUACCCUCAGCGCAUGGUACGCCGUCUGGGCCCCGAGCUUCGUUCACCCCUCCUGUAUCGGCAGGAGGCCACUAUCGGCAUCCGGGUGCUCGACAGCAUAGCUCCACGUCUGCCACCUUGUCUCCCGGAUCGAAGCCUCCGAAUCAUCUGGCUGGGUUAAGUUCUGUCGUCCCGGGAGGUAGGUCUUUCCCGUCGACGCUGGAUGCGGCGACGGAAAAGCGUCUUUUUCAGCUGGAAUCCGAUCGGGAGAAGAUAUUUGAGCAAGUUGCAGAGACGCAAAGUGCCAAGCGAGCGGGACUUCGCGACUGGGAUCGGCUGGAUCGGGAGAGCUCGAUUUGUGCUCUCAAGAGUGAGUUGGCGGAGGGCCAUCUACAGCGCAUGGCGGAUGAGAGCAUUGGGGGCGGUAUUCUAUUUUAA